AUGGACGACGUGCAGCUUUUCGCGACCUCGCCCCGGCAGGCAUACAUGCCCUGGGCGACGUUUUCCCACUCACCAGAAGUUUCCGAUAAUUGGUCGCUGCGAACUUCUCCAGGCCCGGUUGAGCCAAUGCAGUCACUAUAUCCUUCUCUCUCACGAGACUCUGGAUUUGAUCUCGGUCAACCGAACGGGCACAAUAGUAGUAUUGCAUAUCUCAACCAGGACUAUAUCCCCUACCCCGACCUAGCCCUUCAAUCUCCCGACACAUCCCCCUCUCCCAGCCCGGAGCACGUAUCAGAUGGAUUGAGCAGCAUGCCAAAUAAUCUCCCCAGAAGGGCGCGAAACUACAAGACUACUGAAAACGACGCCAGUAUGAGGAAGGAAAAGAAGCGAAUCCAGAACCGCAUUGCACAAAAAUCCUUUCGGAAACGAAAACAGGAUUAUGUGGAAGCUCUUGAAACGCGUAUCAGGAAGUUGGAGGCAGAGCUUGAAGCCCAUCGGCGGGAGUCUUUCUGUUUUAACGGAGUGGUGGGUGCUUCUAUUCAAGACGACCCUGUUGCUUGCCAGUCAUGA